AUAAACGUAUGUAUAUGUCACUCCACUCCCUCCCACAUUUCCUCUCACCAAAUUCUCAGAAACCAAAACACUGAUUAACGAGCGAAAGAGAGUUCCCAAUUUCCCCAUCAACCACCACCACCAAUGUUGCAAAAACCCUAACCCUAACAACCGUUCCACCACCAUGAGCCACGACGGCAGCGUCGAUCAUCACCUGGCGGAGCUUUCCACCUCCUCACACCGCAUUCCCUCCAACGACGACUUCCACUUCUACUACAAAUUCAACGAAUUCAAACGCCCGCUUGAAGAAAUCGCGAUGCGGACGCAGUCGAUGCUGACCAGAAUCGGCUCCUCCGAGCACAUAUGGGGCAGAGGCUCUGCGUUUCCCGGCGACAUUGACGACGCUUACGAGUGGGUUGUCAACGCCAACGACGACGUUUUGGAGCUUGUUGAGGAGAUUCUGGAUGAGUUUCGGAGGAUUAAGAAGGAGGAGGCGGAGGCUGAGAUUUGGGAAAAUGGGGUUGGGAGGAAGAAGAAGAGUAAAGGGGCGAGUUGUUUGGAAUUGGAGGGUCUUGACCUGGAAAAUGGAACUGGGUUGGAGUUGAAGGAUAAGGCGUCGAAGGUGUCGUUUCACGAACCGACGAUAAGUAAGCCCCAGUAUAGAUACAACCUUGAAGUUGAUAAUGCAAACAAGCCUUUUCAGCAUGUUUUGUUGGAGAAGAGUGAUGAUGGCCAGAGGUUUAUUCAUCCACUGGAGAAACUCUCGGUUUUGGAUUUUGUAGACAAAGAUCUUGAGAAUCUUGUACCAGUAAAGCCUCCCCCACUUGAAUGCACCCCUUUCAAGCUUGUGGAGGAUGUCAAAGGGUUGAAGGAGUUGGCUACUAAGCUGUAUUCAGUUAAUGAAUUUGCGGUGGAUUUGGAACAUAAUCAAUAUCGGUCUUUCCAAGGAUUGACCUGCUUGAUGCAAAUCUCAACCAGAACUGAAGAUUUUAUCGUAGAUACUCUGAAGCUCCGCAAUCAUGUUGGGCCGUAUCUGAGGGAAGUCUUCAAGGACCCCAAGAAGAAAAAGGUCCUGCAUGGAGCAAAUCGAGACAUUGUGUGGCUGCAACGGGACUUUGGCAUCUAUGUUUGUAAUAUGUUUGAUACUGGCCAGGCUUCUCGAGUGUUAAAAUUGGAGAGAUAUAGUCUGCAACAUCUUUUACAGCACUAUUGUGGGGUUACUGCAAACAAAGAAUACCAGAAUGCAGAUUGGAGAGUGCGCCCUCUUCCUGAUGUUAUGCUUAGAUAUGGAAGAGAAGAUACACACUAUCUGCUUUAUAUAUAUGAUUUAAUGAGGAUUGAGCUAUAUGCAUUGCCUAAGGAUUCUGAAAGUUCUGAUAAUCCUCUGUUGGAGGUAUACAAGCGCAGUUAUGAUAUCAGCAUGCAGCUAUAUGAGAAAGAGCUUUUGACAGAAGACUCGUACCUUCGUAUAAAAGGGUUGCUAGGGGCUGGUUUUAAUGCUCAGCAGCUUGCCAUUGUUUCAGGCCUUUGUGAAUGGCGCGACACUGUUGCUCGUGCAGAUGAUGAGAGUACUGGGUAUAUAUUGCCAAACAAAAUUAUUCUUGAAAUUGCUAAGCAGAUGCCUGUCAUUACAAGCAAUCUAAGGCGAUUGGUAGGAAAGUCAAGGCUCCCAUAUGCUGAGCGCAAUCUUGAUAUAAUUGUCAACAUUGUCAGACAUUCUAUGCAAAAUGCUACUGCCUUUGAAGAAGCUGCGCAACGUUUAAAAGAAGAACAUGCAGCGAAUGUGGCAAAAGCAGCAGCAGCAGCAGCAGCAGAAGCAGCUGUUAAGGAUGGAACUGAAGCUCCUGGAUCUCAUACGCCAAACUUGGAGGUUGAAUGUGCAGAAAAAGGAUGCAGUGGAAAUGAAAAUGCCAUCAGUGUUGAUAUCUCAGAGAUGUCUCUGAUUUCUUCUGACUUGGAAGAAUAUUUUGAGGAUGAAGAUCUACAGGGACAAGAAUUAAUUAAAUCUGAUUUUCUCACUUCAGAGCUCCCAUGCAGUAGUCUCACUGUUCUAAAGAAGAAUGGGAAGGAUGCAAAUGUUGGUGCACCCUCUACAGCAAAGGGUAAUGGAGCAAAUGGUCAGGUGCUAAAAAAGCCUAUGGGUGCUUUUGAUGCAACACUAAUGGGAAAUUCAGCUUCAGAAAGGAAGCUUGAUAAAAAGGGCAAGAAAAUCAAGCUAGAACAGAUUAGAUCAUCAGCCAAUCUUCCUUCCGGUUCAUUUUUGGGCAACAGUGAUAAGUCCACCUCCACCCGGAAUGGGACUGUAACCGUAGACUCCGAUUCAGACUUGGAGGAUAUGAUGCAGAAUAACCUAUAAAGCUCCGAUGAUCAUCACUCGGGUAAAAUUUUGGUAUGUCCACUUCAGUAAAUGUGGAUGAAGAUGUGCUAAUGUCGGUGUCAGAACCGCCAUUAAGCUUUUGAAAAUGCUGAGUCAUACAGUCACAAUAACAAAACUAGACAGAACAAGACAACUGAAGAGCACGACUUAUUGCAGCUGUCAUGUGAUUUUGAAGUGUCAAGGAAGGAACCAAUGUUAGCGUUGGAGAAGAUACAGAAAAUGCAUCUUCCCAGGUUGAUGGUCUUCCUAAGCCACAUGACUCAUUUGCAAGAAGAAAAGUUCAUCUGUAAAGCGUGAGGGACAGAGAACUGCCUUCACUGAAAAAUUGCAGCAUGGUAGCAGGAUAUGUCAGGCAUUUCCAGCUUGUGGAAAAUGAUGUGCAACUAUCCGGUAAAAAUGAAAAUAGAUUAGAUUUUGUGCUUUGUAAAAUAUUGUUAGAACACCUGAUGUAGCCUUUAUUAGUGUCUUUGAAUCCAAGUUAAGUGAAAUGAAGAUCUUCUAUGCUCCUUUUCUGCUCAAA